AAUGCUUUAAAUUCAUUGUGCUUCCGACAGGCUCCCCAUCCAGUGAUCAGGUGUGAACUUGCGAAACAGGCGAAAACAGCCAAGUGCCAACAAAAAACCUACCCUAUCCUGAGUGUGAGGCGCACUGCAAACAUCGUGCCCUAGUCAAUUACUCCAAUCAAACCAGUGCCGCUGUGUAUUAAGUGAAAUCAAAAUGCCACGACGAGGACGUACUGCAUCGCCCCCACCAGCCGCCCGCAGGGCACCAAUGGCGGCUGCACCACCGGCUCCGGCCCCGAAGCAGCCCGUCGUGCAGCAGGCUGCACCGGCCGCCGUCGCCGCCCCGAUGGCCGCCCCGUCCCAGGGUCCCGGCCUGAUGGCACAGAUGGCCGCCACCGCCGGCGGUGUUGCCAUCGGAUCAGCUGUUGGACACACGGUUGGCCACGCGCUCACGGGAAUGUUCAGCGGAUCCGACUCGAAGGAGGCGGCACCGGUUGCGGCCGCUCCGCAGCAGUACGCACCAGCCCCCGCCUACCCGCAGCAGCAGCAGCAGGUCGGCGAAACCGGUCCUUGCUCCUGGGAGAUGAAACAGUUCCUGUCCUGCGCCCAGAACCAGUCCGACCUGACGCUCUGCGAGGGAUUCAACGAGGCGUUGCGUCAGUGCAAGGUGCAACAUCAUAUGUAACUUGCUAGGACGUGAGGCGUCCCGUUUUAGCGAUCCAAUUGAAGAAAACAAAAAAAGAGCUAUUUGCUUUAGAUCGUAUGGGUUUACACACAGACGCACCUUUAUCGGGACGCGAAGAUGGUGUUAGUUUAAUUUAUCGCCCUUCAACCAGCUUCGUAGAGCUGUGUGUGUGUGAGCAGUAUGGGGGGGAUGGCCAGAGGGCAUUGAUUGACCAUGGUGGCGCAAACGAAAUUCCGCUGUGGCGAGCUGUUAGGAUGUGUUGUUGAUUUUCAUUUUGUCUUUAACGAAUAAACAGCCCCAACGUAGCGUGUCUACAAACACGAAACACACCUGGCCCAUUUUAUUUAUUUAUUUUGAGUUCUUGUACGGGUUACACGCGAACACGCGUCACAGAUAGAAGGAAAGUAGCAACAAUAAAGAUGCAAAAGUAAAAACAA